ACACGGAGUUUAGUUAUACCUCAUCGAUCGGUGUUUACGUUUAAAAUAAUUGAAUUGUCUCCAAGUCUUGGGUUAACUAUUCAAAUCUAUAACAGGUGAACGAACGUUGAUAAAAUGAUAAGGAAUAGUAUCUAUUUAUUAUUUUUUUAAUUUUAAAUCAUGGCUCUAACAGAUCACCUGCAAAUAGGAAUGUCCUCGGAUUUGAACUCUUUUUUGCAAGUCGAUGAUGACCUCCUGCAGUCUAUUUUGAAUACGCAACUUUUGGAUGACAUCACGAAAGAAAAGGGUCAAAUUGAUGAACCAACUUUCAACCAAUCGGCAUAUCUUGGACAAGACAUAUGGGAAGAAAAACUGUCUUUGCCGGAAGAAUUAUUAAUAGAUCACACAAAUAAAGAAUCAACAGAAUGUAGCGCACCAACAAUAGCCGCAAUUCUCCAAGAACCACUCGAUAAUGAUUUCGAGAAAUCCCAACCAAAACCUGUGAGAAAACGUCCAAAACAAUACGUUCCGGACGAUGAAAAGAAUGAGAGAUAUUGGGAAAAACGCUAUAAGAACAAUUUAGCGGCAAGAAAAUCUAGAGAAGCUAAACGACUGCGUGAAAAUCGGUAUGAAAAGUCUUAUAAAAGACACAAUCAUGAUGAAUUUGAGUUUUUCUGUUAUAUGGACUCAACGUCGGCAACUGCUGCCGGAAACGUUUGUACACAAUGUGGAUCGAAAAAUCUGGACAUAGAUCCAGUUCGUGGAGAUACUGUAUGCACCAAUUGUGGAAUGGUUCUUCAGGAUACCUACAUUGUCUCUGAUGUUCAAUUUUCAGAAAACGCUCAAGGCGGUAGUUCAGUCAUUGGACAGUUUGUAUCUGGCGAAGGUAGUAGCGGUGCCAGACCAUCUCAUCCACUAGGAGCCUUCCAUCAGAGUAUUUCGAGAGAAUCUCGUGAAGUUACUUUGGAAAAGGGACGAAGAUGUAUUGCAGAAGUUGGCCAUCAGUUAAAAUUAAAUCAACAUUGCAUAGACACAGCGUUUAACUUUUACAAGUUGGCCGUAAGUAAAAGUUUGACAAGAGGCAGACGAAAGAAGCACGUUGUAGCCGCUUGUCUGUAUUUAGUAUGUAGAACGGAAGGGACACCACAUAUGCUUCUCGAUUUCAGUGAUCUACUUCAGGUUAACAUGUUCGACUUGGGCAAAGCUUAUAAUCACUUAGCAAGCAAACUGUGCAUAAAUUUACCCACACUUGAUCCUUGUUUAUACAUUCAUCGAUUUGCGAAUCAAUUGCAUUUUGCAGAGAGUGAUCAUGCGGUUUCUAUGUCCGCUUUGCGAAUUUUACAAAGAAUGAAACGAGACUGGAUGGCCCAAGGAAGACGUCCAUCGGGACUUUGUGGUGCUGCAUUACUAGUUGCGGCUAGAAUGCAUAAUUUUAAUCGAACUGUAAAAGAUGUUAUAAAAGUGGUUAAAAUUAGUGAAAUGACAAUACGUAAAAGGUUAUCAGAAUUUGAAAAAACUCCAUCUAGUUCAUUAACUAUUGAAGAAUUUAAUACAAUUGAUCUUGAAGAGGAGAUGGAUCCACCCUGUUUCACUGAGGGUAGAACGAAAGAGAAACAAAAGGUUCUCGAAGAACAAGGAAACAUUAGCGAUAUAUCUGCUGAAAUUGCUAGGCUGCAAGCUCAAAUUGAAGCGGCGUUGGAGGAAACAACGAAAAAGUAUAGUAAACAUAUAGCAAAGAAGAGGGAGGCACCUACGGCGGAGGAGUUGGAAGAGGAAUUAAUUAAAAGUGGAAAUUAUAUAAACGUAGAAACAUUAGAAAAUUUAUUUAAAAAUGAAAGUGAUACUAAAGCAAAAAAUGAAGAAGAAGCUGAGGUUGAAAGUGUAAAAAGAGAUGUUUUAACUUCGAAAACUACUGAAGGAAUAGGUCUAAGCGAACCAAUAAAAGAGUGUUUAAAGGACGAAGAAAAAAUUAAUCAAGAGACGGACGGUCAGUUAGAUUUAGAUGGUAUUAGUGAUACAGAAAUUGACAAAUAUAUAUUAGAUGAUUUUGAAAUGAGAACGAAAGCCAAGCUGUGGUUAGCUGAACAUGCAGACUAUUUGAAACAGCAAAAAGAAAAGGAGGAUAGAUUGAGAGAAAAACGAGAGCAAGAAGGUACUAAACCAGAAAAGAAGAAACGAAAGCGAAAAUCUAGAAAUCAAACUAACCAAGCUGCUCCGACAGCUGGCGAAGCAAUUGAAAAAAUGCUACAGGAGAAAAAGAUCUCGUCAAAAAUCAAUUAUGAUGUGCUUAGAGAUUUAGAUAAGGUUGCUCCCCUAACUGAUGCGGAAGCUAAUGGUCUUGCAAAACAAGCCAUAUCGGAAGAAGUAAAACAAGAAACGAAACCCAACAAUAUAUCACUGCCAAAGAGUAGGUUUAGCAAGCCAGCUUUAUUAGUAAAUAGUCAGAUAUCAGCCAGUACUGCCCCAGAAUCGCCUUUAAAGAAGCCAAAGAUAGAUGAUUUAAGUGACGAAGAAAUUCCAGAGGAGGAGGAAGUUGAAGAGGAACAACAUGUCAGCGCUUUACAACUUCUCGGAAGAACGGAAGUAGAGGAGACCUACGACGACUAUUAUGAAGACGAAGAUGAAAUGUACUAG